UUUUUUUAAAAAAAUAGAUCCCUUCUCCUUUUCCCUCCUUCAAAAUUCUCUCUCUCUCUCUCUCUCUCUCUCAAAAUCUCUCACUCUUUUGUUUUUCAUAGUUUCACUUCAUCACAAACUAUGCGCCUUACAGAACCUUAACAUUGAGGGACUUCAACACAAUAACCGAGGAAGAGACUAUAUAAUUGGAGGCCGGAGCACGAACUCUAAUAUGCAGGACAUUUUCGGAUCGGUUCGGCGAUCCCUGGUGUUUCGGUCGACACCGGGAGACGAUGGAGGAGUAGGAAUCGGCGGCUUGGUUGAGAAGAUCGGCUCGAGCAUUCGUAAAUCGAGAAUCGGUUUGUUUGGUAAACCGCCGGUACCGGCUCUGCCGCCGAUUGUGAAAACCGAAGCGCCGCCGAUCCGGUGGAGGAAAGGUGAGUUGAUAGGGUGUGGCGCGUUUGGUCGGGUCUAUAUGGGGAUGAAUCUUGACUCUGGAGAGCUCCUAGCUGUUAAACAGGUUUUAAUUGCAGCGAGCAGUGCUUCAAAAGAAACAACACAGGCACACAUAAGGGAACUUGAGGAAGAAGUGAAGCUUUUGAAGAAUCUUUCACACCCAAACAUCGUUAGAUAUUUGGGAACUGCCAGAGAGGAUGAUUCGUUGAAUAUACUGUUGGAAUUUGUACCCGGUGGUUCCAUAUCAUCUCUAUUAGGAAAAUUCGGAUCUUUCCCCGAGUCUGUUAUUAGAAUGUAUGCGAAACAAUUGUUAUUAGGACUUGAAUAUCUUCAUAAAAAUGGAAUUAUGCAUAGGGACAUUAAGGGGGCAAAUAUUCUUGUUGAUAAUAAGGGGUGUAUUAAACUUGCGGACUUUGGUGCAUCCAAGAAAGUCGUAGAGCUGGCCACAAUAAAUGGUGCCAAGUCAAUGAAGGGUACUCCAUAUUGGAUGGCUCCUGAAGUUAUUCUACAGACUGGACAUAGCUUCUCUGCUGAUAUAUGGAGUGUUGGAUGUACUGUGAUUGAGAUGGCUACAGGACAGCCUCCAUGGAGCCAACAGUAUCAAGAGGUUGCUGCUCUGUUCCACAUUGGAACAACUAAAUCCCACCCACCCAUUCCUGAACAUCUCUCUCUUGAAGCAAAGGAUUUUCUGUUAAAAUGCUUGCAGAAGGAACCAGACUUCAGACCUACAGCAACAGACUUGCUGCAGCACCCAUUCAUCACUGGGAAGUAUCAGGAAUCUCAUCUUGUAUUCCGCAAUUCAAUCAUGGAGUCUGGAAAUUUGAUGGCAACACCAGGGAUGAAUCUCAGGAACUCCAUGAACUCUUUGAUACGACAGUCAACCUGCUCAGGCUUGAAGGAUGUUUGUGAGAUGGGUAGCGUGAGAUGCUCAACAGUGUAUCCAGAGCGUUUAUCUGCAGGAUCCUACUGGGGGGCAAACAAUUGUGACGAUGACAUGUGUCUAAUAGAUGACAAAGAUGAUUUUGGGGUUAGGGCAUCUGUAAAAUUCAACUCUACCUUUGAAUCUGCAGAUUUAACUAAGAGUUUUAAUCCAAUGUGUGAACCUACUGAUGAUUGGCCAAGCAAGUUUGAUGAGAGUCCAAAGGUGGACAGAUAUGGACUGAAUUUAUCUUCUGGGGAAGCAAUUUGUGGAGCUGUUGGCACUGCUGGAGUAUCAGUUAAAGAGGAGAAUGACUUCUCCUUUCCCUGUAGUGCAUCAGCACCUGAGGAUGAUGAUGAAGUUACAGAGUCAAAAAUUAGAGCCUUUCUAGAUGAGAAG